AUGAAGCUCAUUUGUCUGACUUUGCUGAUUAUUAGUGGAAUUACAGAUUCAAGAUCAGAGCAGUAUGAAGUCGUGGGAGCUGCAGGUCCUGUGCUUGCUGUAGCUGGUGAAGAUGUGAUUCUGCCCUGUUCAGUCAAACCCAGCAUCAGUGUUGUGGACAUGAGAGUGGAGUGGUUUAGACUUGAUCUGAGAGACUCACAACUAGUGCAUCUCUAUGAGGAUCAUGUAGACAAAAACACAGAUCAGAUUCAGUCCUACAGAGAGAGAACAGAACUGGAUCAUCAAGAACUACAGAGAGGAGAUGCAUCACUCAAACUCUCAUCAGUCCGAGUCUCUGAUGAAGGACUUUAUAAGUGUUUUAUUCAGUCCAGAUCCUGGUUUGAUGAUGCCACUGUUAAUGUCAGUGUUGAAGCUGUAGGGCGUCCUCCGGUGAUCACUGUAGAUGGGUUUGAUCAUUCAGGAGGGCUUCAUCUACAGUGUGAAUCUGGAGGUUGGAACCCUGAACCUGAUCUUGAGUGGCUGAACAGCGAAGGAGUCCGUCUGAGUUCAGGAACAACAGAGAAACACAGAAACACAGACGGAUUCAGUGUGAAACACACCGUAACUGUAUAUGAGAGAGACAGCAAGAUUCACUGCAGAUUCAAACUGAAGCAUCACAUGCUGGAGACACUGAUAAUCACCACAAGUAACAUGUUUAAUUCUUGGAGGACAUCAGUCAUCAUGAUUUCAGUUUUUGUUGUGCUCGGUGUGAUUGCUGGAAUACUGAUAGCUGUGUUUGCUCAUAAAACAAAGAAUAAACACAGUAAACUACAUGAUGAACACAGUCAAAUACAGAAUGAAAACAGUGAACUACAGAAUGAACACAGUAAACUGCAGAAUGAACACAGUCCACUACAGAAUGAACAAAGUAAACUGCAGAAUGAACACAGUAAAGUACAGAAUGAAUACAGUAAACUACAGGAUGAAUACAGUAAACUGCAGAAUGAACACAGUAAAGUACAGAAUGAACACAGUAAACUGCAAAAUGAACACAGUAAACUGCAGAAUGAACACAUUCAACUACAGAAUGAAUACAGUAAACUACAGGAUGAAUACAGUAAACUGCAGAAUGAACACAGUAAACUACAAGACGAGAAGAGGAGUAUACAACAAGAACGUGAUCAACUUUUACAAAGUCUGAAGACAAUUAUACCUAAAGUGAAUGUGAUUCUGGAUGCUGAUACGGCUCAUUCUCGUCUCAUCGUGUCUGAUGAUGGGAAACAAGUGAGAUCUGGAAACACACAAACAGAAGGAGUGGAUCGAGGAAAAUACAGAUUUGAUGAAAAUCUUGGUGUUCUUGGGAAGCAGGGAUUCUCCUCGAGGUGUUUCUACUUUGAGGUGCAGGUGACGGGACAAACUAAGUGGGAUUUAGGAGUGGCCAGAGAAUCUGUUUACAGGAAGGGAUCGAUCUUUCUGAGACCUGAGAGAGGAUACUGGAUCGUGGGACGGAGAGAUCGGAGAUAUCGAGCUGGUGAUUCUUCUGAUUACUCUCUUUCUCUGAGAGUGGAUCCUGAGAGGAUCGCUGUGUUUGUGAAUUAUGAGAAGGGUCUCAUCUUCUUUUAUGAUGUGAAGUCCAGCUCUCAUAUCUACACUUACACUGAUCAGUCUUUUAAAGAGAAACUCUAUCCAUUUGUUAGUUUGGGGUAUCAGUGGAAUGGGGACUCCACUCCACUGAUCAUCUGUGAUGAUUAA